UGGGAGCAAGGCCUUUUGCAGGAUGGAAACUCUCUAGUCAACAUGGCUGGUAGUUGAAACCCAUGAUCAUCACCUUGUACUCUAGGGAUGCUAAUCCAAGUAUGAAACGUGAAGUACUACGGGUUUUUACACUCAGGCUGGUUCGUGGUUUGGGGCAGUCGACCCCAGCUGUAGCAGGCACUCUACCAGCUCCUAAAGAUCACGUCCAACUGGAGGAGAACAUCGACAUCGGUCGCGCCGCGGCGUUGGUCAUGGCCAAUGCCUCCUCGGACAGUGGGAAUCUGGCGGGGGAACCCAGGUCCGGGAUGUCCCUAUCAGUGAUCACAAGUCUGGAUGUAGAUGCUGAGAAGGAGAUCCCCAGCUGUGAGCUCAUCGCCACCAAAUGCAUCGGCAGUGGGGUGACCUCGGAGGUCUACCAAGGACAUUGGAACCGCAUCGGCAGGGUGGUGGCCAUCAAAAUGAUCACUGACCGAAGUGCCUUCCGAAAAGAUGAGCAGUUGGCCUUUGCCAGAGAAAUGAAAGUUCUCACGCAGGUACAACAUGAGAACCUGGUGACAUUCUAUGGGGUUUGCAUUGAUUCCCCACCUUUGCGCAUUGUCACCGAGUUCUGUGAAGGCGGCGCCUGUUUCGAACUCCUCCAUAACUCGGAUGAUGUGGAUCUCAUUUGGCCACAGCAGAUUAAAAUGUGUAAAGAUGUGGCAGCUGCCAUGUACUAUUUGCACACCUUUGAUCCUAUGAUCAUUCACCGGGAUCUGAAAUCGUUGAACCUUCUGCUAGAUCGACCAGUCUAUGGCCCAACAGAUGUACCGACCGUGAAGGUGUGUGACUUUGGAGUUGCCAAGUUGCAACGGGAAGGCGAGUGGGGACAGAUGACUGCACAAGCAGGCACCAAGCAUUGGAUGGCGCCUGAGAUGUGGAGAGGGACCAGAUAUGAUGAGAAGGUGGAUGUUUUUUCGUACGCCAUGGUCAUCUAUGAGAUUGUUUGUCGAGAAGUGCCUUUUGAAGAGGAAGAACCCGCCGAUGUGGGUAAGUAUACGCUGGCUGGUGUUCGUCCUGACAUGGAUGCUGUACCGCCCGACACACCGCCGGACCUCAUCCAUGUGAUACUUGGAUGCAGGUCUGCUGGGCCCAAGAAUCCAGAGAUCGACCCGGUCUUUCUCCUCUUGGACCCUCCGGGCGUGAUUUUUGUAGUGAAACACCUGGGCAAGGCUGCUCUAAAAGUGCAGGCCGGCAGCAGGCAGUGUCCAUCAGUGGACCAACAUCGCCGCUUGGAUCCGAUGAUUCCGAUGAUUCCGAUGCCGAUCCGAGAAUCCGUGAAGCUUGAGAAAAGCGGCACCGUGACACCGUGCACCUCGGUAUGGGACCAGCAGUUCUUUGAUUCUUAA